ACAUAUGAUAUGAUGGUAGAAAAUAGGCACACUCAUUUACACAACCCUUCCUAACUUGUUCUGUCGGAUGUUUCAAAUGAUUAUUGUCUUAUUUUUUGUGUCUGUUCUCCUCUCUUGUCUACCUGGCCUUCACUCUGCUACAUACGGAAAUGUUUCUAUGCUCACCUGCCCGUCAAGCUUCAGUUGCCCGGCUUUGGCACCAUUCAAGUACCCGUUUUAUAAUGCCACCGACACAUCAUGUGGGUUGCUCAAGGUAAACUGUACUCCAAAACGAGGGGAAAUUCAGAUUGGAGGACGGCCAUAUGUGAUUUUGGAGAAGUUUGAUUCUGAUUCUUCUGUCGUGAUCUAUAACCGAACAUUUGACGAGCUUCUGACUAAUAAUAAUACUUGUGAGGCUCUUAUGGACAAUUUCACUUCUCCAAGCCCUCUUUUGUAUUCCUUUUCGAUAGAGCCCUUCAUCACUCUUUUCAAAUGUCCAAACAAUCUGGGCUAUGCUCAACAAGUUCAUACUUAUUUCAACCAGCGUAAUUAUAAUAGUUACAACAUCUGCAAACAUCACGAUUUCUACUAUAAGUAUUUGGUCGGCAAUGCAACAGUUCCAAAAGAUCUCCCGAGUACAUGUCAAGUAAUACGGUUGCCAGUGAAGCAGCGAUGGCAAUUUUACCCAAAACAACCUGAUGAAACCAACAUAUCCUCUCUUCUCUCUUCUGGAUUCUCUAUUUCAUUCAAGUUGUCACCCUCCUGUCACGAGUGUCACAAAAAAAGAGGACAGUGUAAUAUUACCAAUGGCUAUUUUCAGUGCUUAGACCCUAAAAACAUUGUUGCAGGAAAAACAACUUUAAAACUGAUACUAGUUCUGACUGGGUCAUCCUUCAUCCUCCUGCUCUCUUCUGUCAUCUUCGUAAUCUGGUGGUGCAGUAAGAGCAAUCCUUUUUCUUAUAUCUCAUCAAAGAACAAAUCUCCAAACCUUGAAGAAGGAAGUAUCAUCUGUCGUGUUUCUGUUUUCUCCUACUCAGAGCUUCAAGAUGCCACCAAAAGUUUCAUCUCUUCUCACAAACUAGGCGAUGGCGGUUUUGGAGCCGUAUACUAUGGUAAACUACAAGAUGGGCGAGAAGUUGCGGUGAAGAGACUAUACGAGCACAACUACAAGCGAGUCCAACAAUUCCUGAAUGAGGUUGAAAUCUUGACCAGAUUACGGCAUCCAAACCUUGUAGUGCUCUACGGUUGCACCUCUUGGCAGAGCCAUGAGCUUCUCCUAGUUUAUGAGUACAUUCCCAAUGGCACUAUUGCUGAACACCUACAUGGGGGACAAGAAAAUCCAAGCCUGCUAACAUGGCCAAUGCGUAUGAAAAUUGCCAUUGAAACCGCUAGUGCCUUAGCGUACCUCCAUGCUUCUGAAAUCAUACACCGUGAUGUAAAGACUGAUAACAUUCUUCUAGAUAAUAGUUUUUGUGUCAAGGUAGCGGAUUUUGGUCUCUCAAGGCUGGUACCUAAUAAUGUGACUCAUGUGUCAACAGCUCCCCAAGGAACUCCAGGAUAUGUUGAUCCUCAGUAUCAUCAACGUUAUCAGUUAACGGAUAAGAGUGAUGUUUACAGCUUUGGGGUAGUCUUGAUUGAACUAAUAUCAUCUAUGGUGGCUGUCGACUUAAACAGGUCCCAAGACGAUAUUUGUUUGGCUAACCUUGCUUUAAACAUGAUCAAAACAAGUGCAAUUGAUCAGUUAAUCGAUCCGGUAUUGGAAUCCAAUUCGAAUCCUGAAAUCAAGAACAUGAUCACAUCAGUAGCAGAGUUGGCUUUUCGGUGUUUACAGUUUGAUUCAGUGAUGAGGCCUACGAUGAACGAGGUGUUGCAUGCAUUGAUGGAAAUUCAAGACGGGAAAGGAAUAGAGGAUGGUGGCAAUAUCAGAGAUUUGGAAACUACGAAUCUGCCACCCCUGUCUGAAAUCAGUGAUUCGGUGGUUUUGUUGAAAGACUUCCCUCCUUCGCCACUCUCCAUCUCUAGUGAAUGGCAAAGUGAUAACAGUGUAUCAACUACAGUCAGCAGCAAUGGUGAUAGAUUGCCAGUGAAGAAUCGUACCAGUAGAUAAUAUCAUCAUUCAUCAGCAACAAUACAUAAGCCCACCCAAACUCUAAUUAAAAGUGAUGUUACGUAAUUUAAGUAGUUAAUGAGUAUUUUCUGUUUAUAAAUGUUUAUAAAUAGGUUCUGAUAACGUUUGGAAUAGAAAUUUCUAAUAAUGUAUAUUCUACUAUUGAGCAUACCUGCUCUUAACCCUUUUGAGUGUUGGCAGCGGAAG